UAUUGUUAUUUUGUUUUUGCUAUUGUCUUGUCCUUUUUUAUGAAGAAAAAUUGUGUGGGAUUGUAUAUCUACCGAGUAAAAUCAUCCUUGAAAGCUCAAAUUUCUCAAAAUGAGAUUGUUGACAAGACCUUUCCGGCGGAGCUACGCAACCUUUGUGGAAUCUUUGAAGCCGGUGCCGAGAAACAAGCUUGUCAGGGUGCGAUUUGCACCCAGUCCAACAGGCUACCUCCAUCUGGGAGGUCUGCGGACCGCUUUAUACAACUACCUCUUUGCAAAAUCCCAUGGCGGCCACUUCAUUUUGAGGAUCGAGGACACUGACCAGUCCAGAGUGGUGCCAGGAUCCAUCAAACAGCUGGAGGAGGACCUCAAUUGGGCUGGAGUUGUCCCUGACGAGGGUCCCAGCGCCGGAGGAUCUUACGGCCCGUACAUACAGUCCGAGAGGGUUCACCUUUACAAAAACCAGGCUCAAAUUCUGGUUGACUCUGGUGCAGCCUACCCCUGCUUUUGCUCAGAAAAGCGGCUGGAGUUGCUCAGGAGGGAAGCAAAUAGGCUCAGACAAACGCCUAAGUACGACAAUAAAUGCAGGAAUCUGCCCAAAGAAGUGGCAGAACAAAAAAUUAAAUCAGGCGAACCACACUGCAUCAGAUUCAAACUCUCACCUCUAACUGAAGCAGUAACUGAUAUGGUCUGUGAUAAACUGGAGUACCAGCCUUGUGACAAUGAGGGUGAUCCAGUCAUUUUGAAGCAAGAUGGGUUUCCAACAUACCACUUGGCAAACGUCGUUGACGACCACAUGAUGGUGAUCACUCACGUUCUUCGCGGAAUUGAAUGGCAUAUAUCCACACCAAAACAUAUACUCCUUUACAAGGCAUUUGGCUGGGAUCCGCCGAAUUACGCGCACUUGCCUCUUAUAAUGAACUCGGAUGGGUCUAAACUUUCCAAAAGACAAGGAGACGUGCAGAUUCGCAGCUACGGAGAGAGGGGCAUCUUCCCUCUGGCAUUGAUAAACUACGUUACCAAAGCAGGAGGUGGUUUUAGGAAUAUGGACCACGACAAAAUUUAUUCUAUUGAAGAACUCCAGGAAACUUUUGACAUUGAAUCCAUGCACAAAAAUUCCUGCAAACUCACAGACAGGCUGGGAGACUACAACAGAGAAACAUUGAAAAUUGCAGUCCAAGACGAAAAUCAACUUGGAGAGAUAGUCGGAAACGUUAUUAAAAUGGUCCAGGACAGCUAUCCGCAAAACAAGGAUCUGGAUGUCAAUGAUGAGCAUGUUAGGAAGAUAGUUUUGUGGAGUCAGAAUAGGAUUCAAGUUUUGAAAGACCUUGUGAGCCCAUCUUUGUCUUUCCUUUGGAAUGUGCCCUCCGAAAAACAAAUUUGUGAUUCAAACAUUGAUGCAGAUCAACUGGACUUGGUCAUCAAUGAGCUCAAGAAGGAGAUAUCAUUCACGGAAGAUGUAAUCAAAGUCGUCCUUAAAAGAAUUUCUGAGGAAAAUGGUAUUCCAUUUAAGAAGCUGAUGCUGACACUGAGGACAGCAAUGAGCGGUUUAAAAGAGGGUCCAGGAGUAGCAGAAAUCAUGGAUAUUCUAGGAAAGGAUUCAGUGAUCACAAGGCUUACAAGGGCUAAACUUUAUUUGACAAACAAGCACAGGAUUGUUGAAUUUCACAAACAAUAAAAGUCAGAAAUCGAAAAAUCCA